AUGACCAAGGCCAGUGAUGAAGAGAUAAGAUCUCAUAGCAGCUUGAUUCGUGAGAUGUUUUGGCAACGUCUCUCUUUGAAAGUCAGUCUAGCGGUGUAUGUUCUGCGUGAAGCAUAUCACACUUAUAUCACUGGGCUUGGUCUGCUGGAAAGGGACUUUGGCGAGCCACGCUUGAUCUUGGGGUACCGUAUACCGGAUCAAUAUGUUCUAAUAAACCUCGAUAGGAAGCAGCUCAUGGGGUUUAACAUUAUUGCCGGGGAUCACGCAAUCUACGCAAUCCAGGCAGUCUUCAAAGGAGGCUCUAGCAGAUGGGUGGGUAACCAAGAUGGUUCCAAGAGAUGCCAGUGGAUUACUGGCCAACAUACCCCUCACAACACGCACCGCGAUGUGCCGAAAUUAGUGCGCCUCAGCACGGAGAAGGGUGUCCAGGCAAUUUCGGGAAAGCUCGAUGUGAGUCAACCUUCUUGA